CUUAUUUUUAUAACUCGAAAGAUACAGUUUGUUUUUGUUGCGUAUUUGGUCUUUGUUUUACCUAAAAAGAUUAUUUUGCCAUUGAUUUUUUAAUUUAUUUAAAUAAGAUGGGUAAGAUAAGGUAAGGUAAGAUGAGAUGAAAGUGGGGUUGAGGGUGUGUUUGUUUAAAUAAAUUAAAAAAAAUCAAGGGUAAAAUAAUCAUUUUAGGUAAGACAAAGACCAAACGCGCAACAAAAAUAAACAGUAGGGGACCUUCCGAGUUAAAAAAGUAAGUUCAAAUUACCCAAAACCAUAGGGACCAUUCGUGUAAUUUAGUCUUUAUAUAAUUCGAGAAGGCCUAAUAAUACAAAUAAUAGAUAGAUUCAAUAUAUGGCACACGUUUCAAUCGGACGUUGGGACACUAAUUGAGAACAAAUGAAGUGUCAAGAGUAUAUGUCAGUUAUUAUCCAUUCGUUUGUGUUAAUAUAUAGCCAUAUAGGUCACACGUACGUUACUACAAAUUAGUACACCAUGUUCAAUGUUUCUUCAUCAUGUCUCAUCAAUCUAUAAUUCCACAAACACCAUUAGAAUCCAAAGAACAUGAAGAUCACUACAACAAGAUCUGCAAGGAUUACAAUCACUUAAUGGAAACAAUGCCCAAAAGUAAUGGAUGGAGGGUGGAACACCUCUACAACUACAAUGGUUUAUGGAUAAACCCUAUAUACAUCAAAGCCAAUUUGCUUCUUCAUGCUUACUUCAAACCACAACCCACUGAUAUCUUUUUAGCUUCCUUCAUGAAGUCAGGAACCACGUGGCUUAAAGCACUCAUCUUCUCCACCCUUACUCGCCACCUCUACAGCUUCUCCGACCACUAUUUACACCACCAUGGCCCACAAAGCACUUUUCCUUUUCUCGACAGUGAAUGCGAAAGCUACCCCAUAUCCGACUUCACACAUAUGUGUUCUCCACGACUCUUUGCAACCCACUUCCCUCGGACCCUCUUACCGGAAUCCAUGGCUUCAUGCAAGUUCGUUUACCUCUGUAGAGAACCGAAAGAUGUUUUGGUUUCGAAAUGGGUUUUCAUGAGCAAACUUAGAGAGAAAGAUUUGCCUCCAUUUUCUUUGGAUGAAGCGUUUGAUCUUUUCUGUGAAGGGGUUUCAGACUACGGGCCUUUUUGGGAGCAUGUUCUGUCGUACUGGAGACCGAGUUUGGAGUCAUCGGAGAAGAUUCUGUUCUUGAAGUAUGAGGAAGUGAAGAGGCAGCCGGAGGUGGUGGUGAGGAGGUUGGCGACGUUCAUGGGUGUGCCAUUCACGACAGAGGAAGUUGAGAAAGGAGUGGUGGAGAACAUUGUGAAGUUGUGUAGCUUUGAGAAUUUGAGUAAUCUAGAGGUGAAUAAGAAGGGUGUUGAAAAGUUCGGUAAGGUGGAGGUGGAGAAUCGUGAAUUUUUCAGGAAAGGUGUGAUUGGAGAUUGGAGAAACUAUCUUUCCGAUGAGAUGAAACAACGCAUUGAUGGAAUUAUCGAUGAAAAGUUGAAAGGUUCUGCCUUGAUCUUUGGCGCCUAAUUUGGAUUCUAUAGUGGUUUAUGAAAGCUCUUUCGGUGUAUCAUGUUGUGUAAAUAGGCUAGUUCUAAAAUAUCAAAUAUAUUGUAUACACGAAUUUUCAUUAUUUUUUUUUAUUAUUUUUUAUUUAUUAUUAUUAUUAUUAUUAUUAUUUUU